AAAAGGUGAAUUAUGGACGAAGGAGUCACACUCUUCCUUCAGAUCCAAGCAUUCGAACUUAGUUCAGCCUCCGAGCCAGUAUGAUUGCAUUGCUACUCUCCAUCGUUGCCUCCUGCGCACUAGCUGCUCCCUACUCUGGAGUUGGCAUCUAUGGCCCAUCUUACAGUGCUCCUGUCCUGCCUGUAGCCGCCCAUAACUAUGUACACCAACCAAAGGGCGUUCUGUCGCACACCGUAACCAACGUCCACAGCCCAACUGGAGCAGUAAAGCAGCAAACUGCUGUUGAGAAAGAUCACCUCGGUGGCCAUACCAUUCGCCACAGCGCACAGGCGUCUAACGUUGAUCCUCACACUGGACAAACAGAUGUAAAGCACGAUGAACAUGAAUUCCAUAUCAAUCCUUACAUAGGACAGGCUGCUGUGCACACUAACAAUGCGGAAGGAUCACUAAAUCCAUCUAUUGGUCAUGCUGCUUUCAGUCAAAAAACCCACGAAGCCAAAAUCGCUCCUGGACAUGCCUCUGUGGCUGAUGUCUCCGACACCGCUGCCGUUUCACCACACAGCAGUGCAGCAAGCAGGGACGUAAAUGCAGCCAGAACCGACGCUCUGCACGAGGGAAUUGCCAAAAAUGCUCAUUCUUCACACAAGAGCUACGCUAACGCUGCAGGAGUUGGAGGACAAUCUCAGGCUUAUGAGACAAACCGACGCAGCUUUGAUGGACAUGGUUAUGGCAACAUCCAUUAUGAUACUCAAGCUGCCAAACAGGCUUAUGAUGCUCACGGCCGUGAAGCUUCCAGUGAGGCUGGAUACAAGCUGGACCAAGCUUAUGACGCCAGAGUCAACCUUGGUGCUAGCAAUGAGCUGGAAUACAGCCGCCAUGCUGCUCAUGAUAACUAUGGCAACUACGGAGCUGUCACUCAAACCAGACACGCCUCCCAGGGUGGCCAUCUUGUACCAAUUACUGAAGAAGUGGUUGUUGGCCAAGCCCCUGUCAUUGUCAAAGAAUCUCCAGUAGUUUACGCCAAGCCUACUGCCUAUGCCAAAAGUCCUGUUGUGUAUCAAGAACCAGUUGUUUACAGCGAGCCCGCAUCUUAUGGAUACAAAGAUUCCGUUGUUUACGACGAGCCAGCUGUUAUCUACAAGCAACAUCCAGCUAUUUACAAAGAGCAACCAGUAGUAUAUGAGCAACAUCCAGUAGUGUACAAGCGACAGCCAGUAGUGUAUGGAGCCCAUGCUUACGGCCCAGCAGUGUAUCCUCAAGAUGGUCAAUAUUACGAAGGAUAUUAACACAUUCGUUUGGCAACUAUUCCUAUUUGAGUUGUACUACAUAAGUUGAAUUUGCUAUUGAAGUAAAAAAUGUCAUUAAGUUAUAGUCCUAAACAUUUGCUUGAUUUCUGCUAUUAGUCGGUAAUUUCUCAGGCGAAAAAUAUUUACACAUUUUAAAGAACGUUCACUGUAAACAAAAUAACUUGAUUGUUUGAGGUUUGAUUGUUUGAAAUUUCAAGUUUUAAGUAUCUGAAACAAAAUAAAAUCGUUUUUUUUUU